AUGUCUAAUAGCACAUCACCUGCCCUCUUUGCCAACACCAUCCUGGUAUCUCGAGAUGCGGGCCAAGCUCCAACAGUCCAGACCAUCGGAGUCAUGGGCCAGGCUCGCAAGAAGCGCCCCCAUAACAAAAGCCGACGAGGGUGUGUCGCAUGCAAACGACGGAGGGUCAAGUGUGAUGAACGUGUCCCAUGCUCCAGCUGUGUUAAGCGCAACAUCAGCUGCCUGCCACCGUUCCAUCAACAUGUUGUUGCCCCAAGUCUCUCUAUACCUAGUGCCCAUUUCCAGAUGGACAUGGAUCCUCAAAUAAGCCUCUUGCAUCUCGAGCUAUUCCACCACUGGGAUAAAGAGACUAGAUCAACGCUCACGUUUCCCCAAAUCUGGCCCGUUGUCAUGCAGCGGGCUUUUAACGAGGACUUUAUCAUGUCCGCCAUCUUAUGCGUUGCCGCUAUGCAUCUCACGACCCUUUGCCCGCAGAGCACAAAGUACUCGCAUGCGUCAAUACAGCUAAUGGCCAAGACAGUUCAGCACUUUCGGAAAAAUCUAUCGCGCCCUUUCACCAGAGAUAACUGCGAAGCACUAAUGGGGACAGCCCUUCUCAUCAACUACAUAUCAUGGUUUGACCUUGGCUUUCUAGACGGAGAAAAGGGUAUCGACUCCGAAGCGAGGCUGGAUCUUGCCCAGGAUCAACUGUUUCUUCUUAGCCCAGGUAUCGUCCAGGUGUGGUUUCAGGCCAUGCCUGUCUUCAUCGAUGAGGGAAGCGUCUUUACUCAAAUGAUAAACCAGAAUCCAAGGCUCACCAUUGAAGAGGCCUUGGUCAGACGAGGUGAGGAUCCAGCACGCUUUGUAGAGCCGUUUAUGAAAAUCUGGGACGAUCCGCGCUAUCAGACCUGGGGCUGCACAGCUACUGAGACAACCUUCUCUGCCCCGUGUGCCGCUGCCAUCAUCGGAAGGUCGUGA